AUGCUUUACGCCAGUGGCGGCGGCUUCGGCAGCGGUGGUGCGGGUAUGGGCUACGGCGGCGCGUAUGGCGGCGACGCGGGUUGUUGUGGCGGUUCUUCGGGUUACGGCUACGGUGGCGCUGGUGGCUACGGCCUCGCGGGUGGCUGCCCGCCACAGACCCAAACCUACGUCGGGCCAAUGGGCGACUACGUGCAGGAGACAACGUACAAAUAUGUUGGCAUGGGGGCGACUGGCCCAGAAGCACGUUCGGAGACGGUCAUCUCGAGCAUAUUGCCCCUACCUCACCGUGGCCCCAACUGCUUUUGCUUAUGCCUCAUUCCCUUGCUACUGUGCCUGCUGUUGCUCCCGCUGCUCUGCUGGUUCCUGAUGGGCUCAGCCAGCACCACGACAACGACCACCACGGUUCUCAUCACUACUCCACCACCGCUGCUGGCAAUGACGCCUCCGCCCGAUGCUCCCACGACGACCAAGGAAACAACCACCACAGAGGCGCCUCCGCCCCCGCCCCCGCCGCCCCCGCCGCCGCCUCCGCCACCCCCGCCACCCCCGCCCCCGCCGCCACCGCCGGUGACGACCACGGAGAAAAAGGUCGAUUGCGCGGAGGGCGAUCCGCCGUCCUGGGAGGUCUCCAAGAAGGUCACUUGCUGCUUGCAGGCAGGCAGAGGGUGCCCCACGACGCCGCCGCCGCCUCCUCCGCCACCGCCCCCCCCGCCGGCUCCCGUGGCUCCGCCCCCGCCGCCGCCCCCGCCACCGCCGGCUCCUGUGGCGCCGCCCCCGCCGCCUCCGCCGGCUCCCGUGGCGCCGCCCCCGCCGCCGCCGGCUCCGGUGGCGCCGUCUGAGCCGUACGACUGCAACGCCGGCUACUCGAACUGGGAGGCGGGGUGGUCUGCGGACAAGAAGGGGUGGUGCUGCUCCAAUAAGCACAUGGGCUGCGUGGAGACGCCGUCCGAGCCGUAUGAUUGCAACGCUGGGUACUCGAACUGGGAAGCUGGCUGGUCCCAGGACAAGAAAGACUGGUGUUGUCCGAACAAGCAGAUGGGUUGCCCAGAAGCUUCAUCGAAGCCUUAUGAUUGUGACGCAGGUUACUCCAACUGGGAGGCUGGAUGGAGCCCUGACAAGAAGGAGUGGUGUUGCACAAACGAGAAGAAGGGGUGCCCGCAGUGA